CAGUGUUCGGUGUCCCCACUCUGUGUGUCCCUCCUGCCGGCACCCUGGACCCUCCAUCCCCACAGCCAGCUCACAGAGAGGACGCCAUGACCCCCAGCCUCACGGCCCUGCUCUGCCUGGGGCUGAGUGUGGGCCCCGGGACCCCAGAGCAGGCAGGGGCCCUGCCCAAACCCACCCUCUGGGCUGAGCCAGGCUCUCUGAUCCCCUGGGGGGAACCUGUGACCAUCUGGUGUCAGGGGACCCUGGGGGCCCAGGAGUUCCGUCUGUAUAAGGAGGGAAGCUCUGUGCCCUGGGACAGAGGGACCCCACUGAUGCCCGGGGACAAGGCCCCGUUCCGCAUCCCACACCUGACAGUGGACUAUGCAGGGUGAUAUCACUGUGAUUAUGGCAGCCCCGCUGGCUGGUCAGAGCACAGUGACCCCCUGAAGCUGGUGAUGGUGACAGGAUCUUACCACAAACCCAGCCUCUCAGCCCUGCCGAGCCCCAUGGUGACCUCAGGAGGGAACGUGACCCUCCAGUGUGGCUCAUGGCAGGGAUUUGACAGGUUCCAUCUGACUGAGGAAGGAGAACACAAUUUCUCCUGGACCCUGGACUCACAGCGACUCCCCAAUGGGCAGUUCCAGGCCCUGUUUCCUGUGGGCCCUGUGACCCCCAAUCACAGGUGGCUGCUCAGGUGCUAUGGCUACUACAACAGCACCGCCCAGGUGUGGUCACUCCCUAGUGAGCCCCUGGAGCUCCUGGUCUCAGGAGCAUAUGGGGAGCCCUCCCUGUCGGCGCAGCCGGGCCCCCUGGUGCUGUCUGGACACAACCUGACCCUGCGGUGCGGCUCGGGGGCCGGCUUUGGCAGGUUCGCUCUGACCAAGGACGAGGGGCACAUGGGCCCCCAGCGUCUGGACGGGCAGCACAGCCCCGACUUCCCCCUGGGCCCUGUCGCCCGCACCCACGGGGGCCAGUACAGGUGCUACAGGGGACACAACCUCUCCCACGCGUGGUCGGCCCCCAGCGCCCCCCUGGACAUCCUGAUCGCAGGAAUGGACACGAAACCCUCCCUCUCAGCCCAGCCCGGGCCCACCGUGUCCCCGGGGGAGGACGUGACCCUGCAGUGUCGCUCUGACGCCCGCUCGGACACCUUCUACCUCUCCAAGGAGGGGUCGCCUGCGUCCCCCCAGCGCCUGCGUCUGCAGGACACAGCUGCCCCCUCUCAGGCCCUCUUCACCUUCAGGGCUGUGACCUCAGCCCACGGGGGCACCUACAGGUGCUACAGCUCACACAGCGCCUCCCCCUUCCUGCUGUCACACCCCAGUGACCCCCUGCGGCUCCAGGUCUCAGCCCGGCCCCCCGGGGACUACACGCUGGGGAACCUCCUCCGCCUGGGCGUGGCCGCCUUCCUCCUGCUGGUCCUGGGGGUCCUGCUCUUGGAGGCUCUUCACAGCCACAGGAGGGCCCAGAGGCGGACCCAUGAAUCUUUAUGA